UGUGGACGGGGCUUAAUGUGUAUUUCGCGGACAGUCGACGAUGUUUCGAAAGAGAGUGUUCCACAAAAUUCAAAUAUCAAUAGUUUUUAUUUUUAUACUUAAUUAACACUGCGGACACAAAUUAAAUUAUAUUCAACAUGUGGUGUCUUAAAUCAAAUGAAGGUCUUUGCAUCUACAUCUUGCCAAAUCAGAAGAAAUCUUUUGGCAAAUCACAGAGUGACAUCAAAUUGGUGAGAGAUGCCGCAAUUAGUGAACUCCAUGCAGUGAUUUCUGUGGAAUCGAAUUCUGUGGAACCUGGAACACAAUAUAAUUGCGUUAUUAGCAAUGUAUCAAAAAAUGGAACAGUUGUUGCAAGAGAUAAGGAGAAGAAAAAACUAUCUGGAAAUGACAAAUUUACUUUGAGACCUGGUGAUGUAGUGCAAUUUGGCCAGAAGUAUACUUUUGUAGUAAUGUGCCAUUUAUUUGUGAUUGUAAAAUCUGGUUUAAAUGAAGAGGAUACAGAGAGAUUGAGAAAUAUCGUGGAUUAUUUAGGGGGAAGCUUAUCUGAAACUUGGGACAAUUCCUGCACACACUUGACAGUAGCUAAAAGUGUUCUAUUUACCACAAAAUUAGCUUGUGCAUUGGCCUCUGCUAAGUCUAUCGUCACAAUUAUGUAUUGGGAAGCAGUCAAUAUAGCUAUCAAAGAAGCCAAAGAACUGCCAAAAAUUGAAGAUUUUCUACCGAGUGUAAAAGAGGAUUGGUUGAAAGUUUGUCCGAGAUUUUUUCUACCGAAUAAAGAACGUAAAACACUAUUCAAGGGCCUGUCCUUUGUACAUUUUUGUACGAAGCAAUAUUUCACAUAUGCGCAGUUAAUUGCUGCGGCAGGUGGCAAGUCAUGUGUGUAUCCUACAAAGAGACCUUUGACUCCUCGAGAUCUCACAGCAAAAAAUGCUAUUGUUAUACAACAGCCUGCUAAUGAUUCCUCGCAACUAACUCAAGUGUUUGCAGUUGAUUACCCAAUCAUUUAUAACAAGUUGCGAGCUAUCAAACGUAGACUAGUUUCUGAUACAGAAAUUCCUCUCGCAAUUCUACAUUGCACCAAAGAAAUGUAUUGUAAUCCCAAAUUCGACUUUGCUACGUUUGUAAAAUUAAAGACGCAAAUGUUUUCUCCGUCUGACUUAAUAAUAGCCGAUGAUACGCAGGACAUUGUUGAUAAUCCUGCUAAAAGGCAAAUUGAAAGGGAUAUUAUUCCUGAAACUUGUGAUUCUCCAAGUAAUAAUGUUGUUGCGAAGAAAAGCGAAGAAAGAGAUACAUAUAACGCUAAGAAGAGCGAUAUUGCAAUAAGAGACGAGCAGAAUAAUAGAGAAAGCAAACGUAAAAUAAUUCCCGAAACUUGUGAUUCCCAAAUAAGUUCGCAUAUUUCGAAAAAAAGUCGUCUUUCUGACGAAAAUGAGCAAAGUAAUACAACGAUUAGUACAGAUGACACUGCGAUGAAAAUUCAAACCGGCGAAAGUAAUUUGAAAAAUAUUAAUUGUUUUGAUGAAAGCCAAAAUAAUAUUUCUAAUAACAAUAAGAAUAAUUUUGCGAGUGAUAUUGUAUGUAAAAAGAUCAUUAAACAAGCUCAAAUCAUUCCCGAGAGUUGCUGUUCUUCAGAAGAAAGUGUGAAUAAUAGUUUUUCUGAAGACAAAAGUAAUAAUAAGCAAGCUUGCAUUAUUUUCGACGCUUUAAAAUCUAAGGAAGAAAAUAUUGUAAGCAAUCUUGUCGUGGACAAAGAAAAAAAUAUUAAAUUGCAAGAGAAGGAAAAUAAUUCCAUUCUUGGAAGAAAUAAUAAAAGGAAAAAUAUGUCGGAAGAAAAUAAAUACAAACUUCAGCAAUUCGAAAAUACGUUUAUGAACAAAGAUAAUAGUUUGACUUCUGAGAAUAAUUGUAAAGAAAAUUUAAGCGUUGAAAACGAUAAUUUAAAUGAUAAUCAUGAUAAAUCUGAAAAUACGAGAUUGGAAGAAUCUAAAAACUUGGAACGUCCACGAAUUGUAUCGAUAGAGAAAAUUGAUAAUAAUGAAAUGUAUAUACACCGACAGAAGGAAAAAAGUACAUCGGGAAAAUAUUGCUUUACAGUUGAAGAAUCGCAAAAUUCAUUGAAAGACUCAAAAUUAGAUUCAGCCGGCAAAUCUGAAAGAAAUCGGGAAGAUCAAAAUGUAAAAGAAAAUAAAAUACAACAGAAGGAUAAGAGAAAGGAAAAGCCUCAAAAACCAGUAGCUAAUUGGUAUGAAAGAUAUGUAAACAAAGAAUUUACGGACGAAAUACUGAGAAAAGAUACACCAUGUGGCAAAAGAUUUAGAAAGAAGUCCAUUAUGAUUCCUAAGAAGAUACUGAAGGCGGACGACUUCGUUUUAUGAUUCAAGGACGUAAUUUUUCACAACGAAAGAAUUUAAUACUAGAGAUAUUAAAAUAAUUGAGGACAUUUCUUUAAAAAUAUUUAAAUAAUGUAUUUUCAAAAUUUAUAUUUGUAUUACAUUUGGUUUGGUAUUACAUAUU